AUGCGAGAGCUCACAAAUGACAAUUUGAAUCGCUUUAUUGGUUUCUGUCUCGAUGGACCACAGUUGAUGUCGUUGUGGAAGUACUGUUCGAGAGGAAGUCUCCAUGACGUCAUCGUGAAGGGGUCGACGAUGAUGGACGGCUUCUUCGUCUGCACCCUGUUACAAGACAUCGUGCAUGGCCUCCACUUUAUCCACCGCUCGUUUCUACGUUACCACGGCUUUUUAACCUCUAAGUGUUGCCUGAUCGAUGAUCGCUGGCAAGUGAAAAUAUCCAAUUAUGGUCUACAGAAAAUUCGUAAUUUCGACAAAUUCUUGCCAGAAGAUUUGCUUUGGACAGCACCUGAAAUACUACGCCAGAAUGUCAUGAUUGGCUCACAAGAAGGCGAUAUUUAUAGUUUUGCCAUCAUAAGUGCUCAGCUCGUCACAAAAUCGUCACCGUGGGAUCUUAGUAAUCGAAAGGAAGAUGCCGAUGUUAAGAAUGUGUUUAUUUUAUGGUGCGCUGACUCUCUGGAUCUUAUUCAUGGGUUAUGGGAAAGCCUAAAGGGCUAA